AUGAAGUCCACAUUGAUUGCGAUUCUGGCAGGCUUGGUUGCUCAAGCCUCAGCCCAUGCUACCUUCCAGAUUCUAUACGUCGAUGGCGUUAAUUAUAUAACCCAGUGUGCCAGACUUCCCGGGAGCAACUCACCAGUCACGGACGUCCUCUCGAACGACAUCGCCUGCAAUGCUGGGUCCUCAAGCGCUGCGGCAAAAUGCGCCGUGAAGGCUGGCUCCACGGUCACCGUCGAGAUGCAUCAACAGCCCAACACAAAGGACUGUGCUUCUGAAGCUAUUGGUGGAGCCCACUACGGUCCUGUGCAAGUGUACCUGGCCAAGGUCUCGGACGCUUCUACUGCUGUUGGUUCUUCAGCAGGAUGGUUUAAAAUUUUUGCAGACACUUGGGCAAAGAACUCUGCUGGGGCCUCUGGAGAUGACGAUUUUUGGGGGACCAAGGACUUGACAACAUGCUGUGGUAGGAUGAAUGUCAAGAUUCCUUCCGAUAUUGCACCUGGAGAUUAUCUGUUGCGUGCCGAGGCCCUCGCACUGCACACAGCAGGCUCAUCUGGCGGAGCCCAGUUUUACAUGACGUGUUACCAGAUCACCGUCACGGGCGGUGGAUCCGCCUCCCCCGCGACUGUCAAGCUCCCUGGUGCCUACGCCGCCGCCAACCCUGGCAUUCUCGUCGACAUCCACGCCCCGAUGUCGACUUACAUCGCGCCCGGGCCCACAGUCUACUCCGGGGGCUCAACCAAGAGUGCUGGCGCGGGAUGUGCGGGUUGUGAGUCGACUUGUGCUGCCACGCAGGCGACUGGAACCGCGGUUAAGCCGUCGACGACCGCUGCGCCUACGACGCUCACUACCUCUACUGCGCCGGGGACUACUUCGAGUGCUUCAUCCGGGGGUGGUGCCAACUGCGCUGCCAAGUACGCGCAAUGUGGCGGACAAGGCUGGACUGGGGCCACCUGCUGCCAAUCUGGCAGCACUUGUUCUGCUACCAACCAGGUAAUUAUCUCCUUUCAUUACGGGUUGGCGAUAGCUAAUGAUGGGGUUUAG